AUGGCCGACUGGCCCGUGAUGGCCCCACCCGGACCCGCCUUCCCCACGCCCGCAGAGCUACACCACCUGCGCAAGAAGACAGACAAGCUGAUAGAGAUCAUUCAAGACGACUGGCCGGCCAACCUUGAGACUCAGAAUGACGCGACGGUGUACCAAGGCGCUGCGGGAGCGGCGCUGAUGUUCCUGCGGCUCUGGGAGGCGGACUACGAACUGCCAGACCAGACCAACGCACUCGAGCGCGCCGAGGAGUACAUCCGCAUCGCCCACCGCCUCAUCGAGGAGAAGGAGAAGCUCGACCCAGUCAGCGCAAAGACGAGCGUUUCAUUCACGCUCGGCGACGCCGGCACCUUCGCGCUGGCGGCGGUCAUCUACCACCACCUCGGCCGGCGGGAGAAAGCAGCGGAGUACGUGGAUAGGCUGACCGGCCUGCAGAACCCGGUCGUGCCCCUUCCCGGUGCUUCGCGCCCCGGCGAGACUUGGGAGCCCUUCUAUGGCAUGGCCGGGUACUUGUACUGCAUCUAUUUCGUGGAGCAGCACCUGGAGAGGGAGAUCGCGCCCAAGCUCACGGACCGCUUGAUCCAGGCCUGCCUCGAGAGCGGACUCGCUCGCGCGCAGAUCGAAGCAGAGGCAGCCGGCUCUCGGCCGCCGCUCAUGUACACCUGGCACGGGGAAAAGUAUCUGGGGAUUGCGCACGGCAUCGCUGGCGUGGUGAACGCCGAGGGCCACGUGAGCCCUGGCUACAGGAAGGUGCUGGAGGACACCGUGGACUGGCUGAUCUCCCUCAGGAUCCGUGAUUCGGGCAACUACCCCGCGCAGCUCGACGACCCCGACGACACCCUCGUGCACUGGUGCCACGGCGCGCCCGGUAUGGGAAUGCUCUUUUGUCGCGCGUAUGAGGUGUUCAAGCACAGACGCUAUCUGGAUGCGGCCCUUGCUGCGGGCGACGUGGUCUGGCAGAGGGGGCUCCUCAAGAAGGGCCUCGGCUUGUGCCACGGCAUUGCCUGGGUACCUGUUCCUGGAGCUCUUCAAGGU